UCUCUGCACGAGCCCCAGCGACAACAGACAAUACAUGUAGUGUUCAAUCCGAGUGCUGCCGACGCCCUUUCUGACUACAUCGUCUUGACCGACUCUCAUCCGCAAAGCAGUCGCACUCUCAUUUCCUCUAUUCCUUACGGCCGAAUCUGCAUUCUCACACCGUAUAAAUACAUACUGCAUAUAACACACAUACAUAACUAAGCGUUUGCGCCGGUCUGCUGCAGCCCCCCUCGAAGCUACACCACAAAGCCAUGUCGGAACUGCACAAGGCGCUAGAGCAGCUCCGUCCCAAGGAAUACAGCGACAUCCCGCAGGACAGCCUCCCAACGCUCCUCUCCACCAUCUUCUCCAAAGCAGAAUACAUUGCCAACUCGGUCCCUCCCCCGCCCAAUGGCACCCCCUGCGAUUCCGCGCGUCGCACGCGCACCGAUCCUACGCCUGCGACCGGCGCGGCCGACCUCACCCUCUCGGAGGUGCGCCGGCCGGAAUCGACGUCCAAGGGGAUGAAGGACCUGCACAAAGCAUGGGGAAAACCACUGAAGCUUGGGGCUAAAGAGGCUGCGACGGGAAUCAAUGUGUACAAGAUGGCAGGGAACGACCGGCAUGGUGCGUGGUUUGCGCGGACGAGCGUGCACGAGGGUUUAGGAUUUGCGAAAUGGAAGAGAGCGAUGAUGCGAGAGUUUCCCGAGAGUCUGGCAGUACAGGGCGGGCCUGGGGAAGGAAAUGUGCGGGGGAUUGGCGGUGAUCAGAGGCUGGAGGAUAUCACAGUCGAUGGGAUUGGGCAGAUGCAAGUCUACCAGCUUUCGGCCCAGUUCCCUGGCCCCACGGCCCCGAGGGAGUUCAUUACUCUACUACUGACCUCGGAUGGCUGUCUCGGUGAAGCCUCCAAAGUCAACGGUGUCAUACCGCGGCAUUUCAUGGUCGUCUCAAUCCCCGUUUCGCAUCCUGAAGCACCCACUCGCGCGGGGAUGGUGCGGGGCUCCUAUGAGUCCGUGGAGAUGAUAAGAGAGAUACCGCUGCCGUCCGCCAAAUCCCCAGCUUCCGCAUCCACAUCGGAUCUUCUGAAGCAGGACAAGAGAAAGUCGAGAGACCGUGGCGGUACGAUCGGCUUCGCAGAAUCGCGAGGUCCAGACGCAAAAGGCGAAAACAUCGACCGGGGAACCGAUUCGAGCGGCGGCGAUGACCCAGAGACGAAUCCUGUCGAGUGGACCAUGAUCACACGAAGUGACCCAGGAGGCGGUAUCCCGCGAUUCAUGGUGGAACGAGGUACACCUGGAAGUAUCGUGCAAGACGCAGGCAAGUUUCUUGACUGGGCAUGCGCACACGAUGAUCUAGCCGACCAAGUGAUCUCCCAAGAACCCGCCACUGCUGGAAGCGCGAGACCAAGCAUGGACGCAGGUCGAAGCUACUCGGUGACAAACGCGAAUGGGCAUCUGGCAGGCGUGGGAACCAGCAUCGCAGACCGACCGGACCCCUCAACUUUCCGACGCCCAUCACAAAGGUCCACCGUUGACGACACACAAGAAGAGCCCGGUAUCCUUCAAACCGCUGCCGAAACCCUAUCUUCCUACGUCCCAGACGCCAUCAACCCAACCCUCCAUCACCGCUCCUCCUUCAGCUCCACGGCCUCAUCUCUCGACUCCUUCGCCUCAGCCGAACAAUACACAACCGCACCCCAAGGCCUUCCUCUGGACGACACGAUCCCCACCCCAUCCACAACCUCCGAACACCUUCCCGAAGAUACUUCCACCGCACACCCAACAACAAGCACAGACGCAAACACGCUCGCAGCCCUUGCAGCACCAACAAAGGAACUCCAGAAAAUCGAGCAAAAGCGCCAGCAACUGCACUCGCGCCUCGAAGCCGCACGCUCCAAACAAGCCUCUGAAACCUCCGUAGCGGCCUCUUCCAAAACAGCAAAAGAUCUCGAAAAAGUAACAGAGAAACAUACACGGAACCGUCUCAAGCAGGAAGAAAAGUUUGCGCGUGAGGUGCAGAAACUGGAACAGCGGCGCGAGCGCGAGACGAAAAAGUUGCUGGCGCGCCAGCAAAAGGAGAAGGAGAAGAACGAGUUGAUUAAAGUGACUAGAGAGAGGGAUGAGUGGAAGGAAAAGGCGGACAAGGCGGAAAAGGAAGGGGAGCUGUUGAGAAGUCAGAUUGGCGGGUUGCAGAGGGAGAAUACUAUGCUGGCGGCGCGGUUGGGUAAGACGGACGUUGGGAGGGAGGUUCUGAGGCGGGUGAGGGAAGAAUUGGCCGAGGAGGGGGACGUUGGUGGUGGUGGGAGGAAACGGGCGGGGAGUAGGAGCUCUGGAGGCAGCGGUGGGAAGAAGAGUGGGGAAGGGAUCAAGGAAGCGGCUUAA